UUGAUUUGUGGUUCAGAUGCGAUGUCAGAAAUACCCCGCUGUGGCCUGCGCCCUUUGAGGAUAUAUUCUGAGAAAAAGUACCUUAGCCGCUCCGUCCGCCUCAACAACAACAACAUCACAGACCUCUAUGGCAUUCCGUUCAUACUUUCUAGCUUUCUGGCACAGCCAUCAAAGCUUGGAUGGCUGGACCUGUCCUUCAACAAGAUAACACACAUAGAUGUCGUUUUGUGUGAGCUGCAAGAGUUGCGUGUGUUGUAUCUUCAUUGCAACAGCAUCAAGGACCUGAUAGAGACAGACAAGCUGGGGCAGCUGAGGCAUCUGCACACCAUCACAAUGCACGGAAACGCCAUAGAGUUUGCCAAGGACUACAGGUGGUAA